AUGUUCUCAUUGACAAUUGCUACUAUUCUUCUUCUCGCUCUAACCAGCGUUUCUUAUGCUGCUGAAUGUCCAAGUAUUCCUACCCAAAAGAAUUUCGAUGUUACUAAAUAUGUCGGUUUGUGGUAUGAAACCUAUCGAAGCAAUGUUAUCUUCGAAAUUGGUUCUAAGUGUGUCAAUGCCACGUAUACACCGAACUCUGAUGGAACUGUUGGUGUUUGGAAUCAAGCUAUCAGUUUAUUUGGUAAAUAUACAAGUAUUAGAGGUUCAGCUAGAGUAAAACACUCAAUCGAACCUGCUGCACUCGAAGUCACAUUUGAUAAUCCAAAUCAAAAAAGUGACUACAAUGUUCUCGCUACAGACUACGAUACUUAUUCACUCGUCUAUGCUUACAGAAAUAUUCCUAUCAUUGGAAAAUGA